AUGUAUCUAAGAGAUAUGAACCCAGUAAAGCUUGGUUAGCAGAUCAGAAAGAUACCAUUUAUUUUCAACUAUUUCGAAAAAGAGAUGCUUUUGAAGAAAGAUUAUGGUUCUAAAUUAAGAACUUAAUCUAGUCCACAAUAAUAUAUAGUAAUAGAAAGACAUAUAAUUAAAAUGGAUAACUAUACUGAAUUAGACAUAGAUUUUUGGGGUAAUACCGAGGAAAGAAUGAGUAAGAGGAUAACUAUUGACUAUAAUUUAAGAAUUGAGGAUUAAGAUGAUUGCUUGAUUGUUGAUUUCGCUAAUGCUUUUAUUGGAGGAGGCACUUUGGGAAAGGGAGCUGCUUAGGAGGAGAUAUUGUUCCUCAUAUUUCCUUAAGCUAUUAUAAGCAUGCUCAUAUGCGAAAAAAUGGAUUACAAUGAAUCUAUCUACAUUCAUAAUAUUCGAAGAUAUGCUGACUACUUGGGCUAUACAACUUCUUUAGAAUUCUAGGAAAUGCCAAACGAAUCUUUUUACAAAAAUAUAAGGAAAGAUUUUAUUGCAAUGGAUGCAAUCCAAUAUUUUGAUGGCAAAACUGACUCUUAAUUCAAAUUAUAAAACAUUCUUACUGAACUAAAUAAAUGCUUUAUUGCCUUUAGUCCCAUUGAAUUAUGCAAAUAUGAUACUAUUUCAUCAGGGAAAUGGGGUUGUGGGGCAUUUAAAGGUGAUCCUUAGUUAAAAUUUUUGAUCUAAUGGAUAGCAGUUUCUAUUGUUAACAGACCCUUAAUUUUUGCCACUCUUAAAGAUCUAAAUAGACUUGAGAAGCUUCCACAGAUAAUAAAAACUUUGGGGAAUAAAGAAGUUAAAGAUGUAUUUGGUUAUUUAGUAAAAUACUCUAAUGGAUUUUAGGAGUUUAACUUAUUCGAUUCCAUUUUGAAAAUGGUUGAAGAGGAUGAAUUUAACGAAAUUAAAUCUAAGUAAAGAGAGAAGAAUCGCUUAUUUAAAAUGGAAUGA